CUCUUUUGGCUGGCCCAAGUUGCUUUUACUUUCCACUAGCUUAUUAUUACAUCAGAGCAACACUUAAACUCACUUGUAAUAACUUCAGUUUUGUACUAAAUUUUUAGCUUUAGGAAUCAUCAGUACAGAAUUUCUUGACUUGGGUUUUACUUAUCUCUCCUAAUCUUAAUUAACAAGAAAGUUAAAAUGUGGAUUUUUGGAUGGGCUGGGCCAUCUGGGUUCUCUGGUAAAUCCACAGCUGAGCAAGUUACUCAAGGGAUUGAUGGAACUGGCCUUACUGCUAUUGUUACAGGAGCAUCGAAUGGGAUUGGAAUCGAAACUGCACGUGCUCUUGCUUUGCGUGGAGUACACAUUGUUAUGGGAGUAAGAAAUGUUAAUGCUGGAAACAAAGUUAAAGAACAAAUACUCGCAGAAGCCCCUAAUGCUACAAUUGAUGUCAUGGAGAUAGAUCUCAACUCACUGGCAUCUGUCAGCAAAUUUGCUUCUGAAUAUAUUUCCUCCGGUCUUCCCUUAAACAUCCUCAUUAACAAUGCAGGAAUCAUGGCACCUCCUUUCACGCUCUCCAAAGACAACAUAGAGCAGCAAUUUGCUGUUAAUCAUUUGGGCCCAUUCCAUUUGACAAAUCUUUUAUUGGACACGAUGAAAAAAACAGCACGUGAGAGCAACAAAGAAGGAAGAAUUGUUAAUUUGUCAUCUGUGCUACACAAGAGCAGUUAUAAAGAAGGAAUUCGCUUUGAUAAAAUCAAUGAGGAAUCUAGUUAUGAUGGGAAUGCUGCAUAUGGACAAUCAAAGCUUUGUAACUUAUUGCACACUAAUGAACUAGCAAGGCGCUUAAAGGCAGAUGGAGUAGAUAUAACUGCGAAUUCACUACAUCCUGGGCUUAUUGCCACUAAUAUUACAAAUAACCUCAACCUCGUCGGUUGGUUGUUCUUUACCAUCGGCCAGUUCUUUCUCAAAAAUGUUGCCCAGGGAGCAGCAACUACAUGCUAUGUGGCAUUGCAUCCUCAAGUUAAAGGGGUUAGCGGCGAAUACUUUAUAGACAGUAACAAAGCAGAUCCCAGCGCCACUAGCGCAAUGUCUAAGGAUCCGGAGUUGGCCAAGAGACUGUGGGAUUUCAGCUUGAACUUGACAGCAGGAAAGUAGCUUUCACUAAAAGAUACAUUGACCUGUUCAGAAUUGUGUGUAAUUUCUGUACUUUUCUGUGCCAUAACAUCGAAUUCGUGUGGAUUUUCUCUAAGAUGCAACAAUCUGACUUAAUUUGUCUGUCCUCUGAAUCGCAGAGUGAUCAUUUUAACUAUCAAACUAUUAAUGUGAGUAUGUGAGUAAAGUUUUUCCUUUCA